AUGACCGAGAUGGUCAAUUCGUUGACGAACAUAGCAUUUGAGCUAUUGGCUCUUCAUCAUCUUUACUCAGCCAUCAUGAAUAAGCAUAGUCGGGUAUACAUUUACACCUGCAUUGGUUUUGCGGUUGUUGGUCUUGGAUCGUUCGUCUUCCAUAUGAGUCUCCUUUACAAAUAUCAAUUGAUGGACGAGUUGCCGAUGAUAUAUGUUACUGCCAUUCCAUUAGGAUACUUAUUGGGUUAUGACAAGUCUUUUUUCAUCAAAAAAUUGUGCCAUAUCGGCACGGUUGCUGUUACCCUUCUUUUCACCUACAUAUACGUUUAUAUUUGGAGAAAUCCUGUUUUCCAUGAGGCGUUUUAUGCACUUGUCAAUCUUGGUCUCAUACUCAAGUCGUUAGACGCGAUUCAUAGUCUAAUUACUGACAAUAAAGUGAGGAAGCUUGAGUACAAGCUCAUAGGCUUAGCAUUGGGUUUUUUUGCCCUUGGUUUUCUAAUCUGGAAUAUCGACAACCUGUUCUGUUCCCCUAUCACUCUCUUCCGAAGGAAUGUUCUUGGUUUGCCUCUAGGCUUCUUGACUGAAGGUCACGGUUGGUGGCACAUUUUCACGGGAAUGGGUAUCUAUUACUUCAUACUAUACAAUGAAAUACUCUCCACAUGGAUUCGCGGUGCCGAAAAGGAGUAUAAGUUAAUAUGGUACGGUCCAUUUGCCGAGCUAAGAUUGAAAGCCAGACCCGACAUUAAAACCGACUGA